AUGUUCUCCUCCCGUCUCCGCACACUACCUGCUCACCUUCCCCGACGCGUUCCGAAGGCUUCCACUGCUCGCGCUUACUCCCAAUCCGCCUCUUCCUCAUCUUCCGCGCGUCCCUCAUCACUCCGCACACUCGCCCUCGCGACCGGCGUCGGCCUCACCUUCUACACCCUCGGCGCUCUCUUCCCUCCCCGCGUCGCCCUCCUCGUCUCCCCGCGUCCCGCUGCACCUCUACCCGGCGCAGACACAACCGAAGGCCAAGCAUACACUGCCGAGCUUGAAGCAUCAUUGCAGAGUCUGCCGACACUCGUCGAGCACCGCUCAAGGGAGGAUGCAGAGGAGUGGUACGAGACGCGACCGUACGCGACCAUGCCGGACGAGCGCAAGGUGAACAGUCUUACGGCUGGGUCGCUCAAGGGUCCAGGGAAGCUGGCGCUCGCACCGCUCGUACGUGUCAGGGUAGACGAGAGCGAGACGUUUGCGAUUCUGCAUCUGGGGAGGGCGCUGUGUGGACACGAUGGGGUUAUACAUGGCGGAUUGCUGGCGACGAUCUUGGAUGAGAGUUUGGCACGAGUGGCGAUCAGUAACCUCCCAGACAAGAUCGGUGUUACAGCCAACCUAGCCAUAAACUACAAGGCGCCCACAUUCGCUGACCAAUUUGUCGUCAUCAAAGUCAACCUCGUCGAGAAGAAAGGCCGCAAGACCCAAGUGACAGGAGGCGUCGAGGACCUCAAGGGCAAUCUCCUGGUCGAGGCAGCCGCAACCUUCGUCCAGCCCAAAUACGCCCACCUCCUCUCCAAUUCCGCCGUCCGACAGGCGAUGGGUGAACCUGUCAAGGUCCCAACAGCGUCCCGCGAAGCAGGCAAAGAGCCCAUCCUACUCGGUGAGGGGAAAGCAGUGCCGCCGGCGCUACCUGCAGUCAACAAGAAGAUAUGA